AUGGCCAGGCCCGGCGAGCUGCCCUACCACACGGCCCAGAGCGGCGGGGCGGGAUGCGGGAUGUUCCACACGGCCGCGGGCAAGCUGCAGCGUCAGCUGCACCAGGGGGAGUUUGACAUCUUCAAGCACGCGCCCAUCUUCGAGAGCGACUUCAUCCAGGUCACCAAGCGGGGCGAGGUCAUCGACGUGCACAAUCGUGUGCGCAUGGUGACGGUGGCCGUCGCCUCCACCAGCCCCCUGCUGCCCAUGCCGGACGUCAUGCUGCUGGCCCGCCCGGCCGCCAGCCUGGAGGACCGCACGGGCCGCCCGGCCCGGGCCAAAGGCCACAAGGGGUCCAAGGCCGUGGAGCUCACCCGCCUGCUGCCGCUGAAGUUCGUGAGGCUCUCGGUGCACGACCGAGAGAACCAGCAGCUGCGCCUCAAGCUGGCCACCGGCCGCUCCUGCUACCUGCAGCUGUGUCCGGCGCAGAGCACGCGGGACAACCUGUUCGCCCACUGGGAGAAGCUCACCUACCUCCUGCGGCCGCCCGUGGACAGCCACAGCGGCACCUACGCCCUCCCGGCCGGGGACAUGGUGUGCGUGCCCGGGGUCGAGGAGGAGACGGGCGUCGGGGAGCCGGACUGCGCGGGCUGGGGCGACCAGGACCAGGUGAGCGUCCGGAGUCUCCACGGGCCCCCCGAGGUCGCCGGGGCCACCUCUGCGGCCUUCUCGGGCGGGCAAGGCCUCCCCCAGGAGCCCCCCAAACCCAUCCACGUGCACUACGGCAGCACCUCGGACAUCAGCCUUGCAGAUUCCCCCGACCCCGCCGCAGGGGCCAGGCGGGAGCGGAGGGAGAAGGACAGGACGCUCCGGACCGGGCACCACAGGCCCCCCGAGAGCCGCCACACAGCCGCGGGGGACAAGACCCCGCGGAAGCUCCCCAGUGGCCGGUCCCUGGCCAGCCGGAGAGCCUCGAGGGACGACAGGAAGGACAGGGGCCACGGAAGCCUCGCAGGCAGCGGGCGGGGCUCCGGCCACAAGGGCCCCGGCCACGCGCCCGCCACCAAGGAGUCCAGGGCCUCCCGCAAGCCGGCCGGGAGCCUGCCCGCGGUCAGCUCCGGCCCCACCACCAAGACGCUGGGCAGGGUCGGCUCCUUCCUGCAGACCGUCAAGGACAACCUCGCCACCAGGGCGCUGGCCUCCCCCCGGGGGAGAGACCCGGGCCCCCCGCCCCGGCCCGCGGGCGAGCUGAGCACGGAGGCCAUCGAGAAGCCAGCGGGGAGCCCCCAGGGGCCCCAGGCCGCGGGCGGCGUGCCCCUGGAGAGCGCGGACCCGGGGCCCGGCCAAGGCCACCCGUAG